AUGUCAGGUGAAGCGCCUGUGUUCAUCGGGUUCCUCGGCGACCUAGUUCCUGACGGCGACAAGACAGCGGCAGAAGCCCUAAGCAAAUUUGGGGGCCAGCCGGUUUGGAUCGAUGGCAAUGUUCCGGAGAGUUUCCCCUUCAUCUGCUCCCACUGCGGUGCGGAGCUUGACUUUGUUUGCCAAAUAGCAACGCCAUACUGUGCAAAUAAACGUUGUCUUUAUCUUUUCGGGUGCCACAAGCAAACGACAUGCGGCAAGACAGCUGACGGCUGGAUGGUUGUGAGAGGCGUUGUCGAAGCGCCUGCAUCCGCCAAAGUUGAAAAGAAACUCCGCGAUAAUUUACCUGAGCACCGGUCACAAGGGAAUGACGCACUUUCCUCACCGGAUUCAUCUGACUGGCUCCAAGCGGCGUUCGGCUACACGGCCUCUGCUAGUUCGUGCAGUGACAACGGCUGCCGGCAGAGUGGGAAGACCUGCGAACCAGAAGCAGCGUCUUCACAAAAACCAGGAUGCACUGAAACGCCACAAACGGCGAAUGAACUGAUGCCGGCAUUUUUCGUCCGUAUUGAGGAUGAACCCCCAGACAACUCUCAGUUCGACGCGACAGGAGUGCGGGCACGUCAGUUACAGCUCGAGUACGAACAGCGGAACAGUAUCGCCGAGGGGGAAGAAUAUGAAGAAAGCCCUGACAAAGUUUUUCUCAAGCUGCAAAAACGACUUUCCAGGAGCCCUAAGCAGGCAAUCCGGUACAGCUUUGGAGGGAAGCCCCUGUUCAUAUCACCUCCUAAAGGGAAAGCAGCAUCCGUUCCUCCUUGCCCGCAUUGCGGCAGCGAUCGAGUGUUCGAAAUGCAGCUUGUCCCAGCAGCUGCUGAAGAAAUUGAAAAACGGCGUCACUCGGCCGGGGCAGCGCCUGUCGAAUGGGGAGUUGUCGCAGUUUUUACGUGUAGGAAGGAUUGUAUUCCUUCUUCCAUCUACACUGUUGAGCACGUCGUUGCCCAGGAAAUAUUAUGA